AUAAAUUUGAAGUAACUUUAGUGAAGGCCAAACAAGUCCUUGGUAUGGCGGGAAGCCGCACGUGGAAGCGAUGUUUCAAUUCCUCUCUAAAUUUGACCCAAAUCCUCAAUUUCCCGCCUCCUCCUCCAAAACCCUUGUACACUACCCCCAUCAAUCACAAACCAUUUCUGCUCUCUGCAUUUCAUUUCAUGUAUGUUUUCGUCUGAAGUUUCCCGGAUCUGACAACUGAUGGAUGCUUACCAGCUCAGCGCUGACGCCGCCGCGUGGAAUGUGCUCGGACUUUUGCUCUCCAAGGGCCGCCCCACCCAUCCCUCCGAGCUGACUCUCCGUUCUACUCCAGAUUCCAUACGCUUCCUCUGUUCAAUCCCUAAUUCUCCUCUCCGACUCGCGGAUGACGACCUCGUCACGGUCUCGCCGAUCGGAGCUGCCGCUCUCGCCCAAUUUUUGUUAAAUUCAGAUUUGAUUACAAGAUACUUGGAUUUGCCACACUUUGUUCCGGGUUUGUUGGCACAUUUUAGGUUAAAUGCCUUACAGAGGACGUAUUGUAGAAAAAGGAAGAGGGUGCCAGCAGACGAGGAUUUUCUUACUACGAAAACGAAGAGGUUUGACCUGGAUUUAAAUGAUGUAAAAAGCUCAAACCAGAUCGCGAUUACAAUUCCCCACAAAUUUGAGAAUGUCACCACUCAAGGUAUAUCAAGCCUCCCAACACUUUCAGUUUUUGACUGCUGGAAUCUCGAAAGAGAUGUGUUUAUACCCGAAGCACAUAGAAAGUCAGAAUUUAACUCUGAAACUGAAAAUGCUGCUGAAGCUGAAAUUCCGAACAUGCAGAUAAGCAGUACUCGACAUGGACCCCAAAUAAUGGCAGAGGAAUUAUUAAAUUAUGUCCCUUCUCCAAAAAGGCCAUCGCAUCCAUUGAGUAGUAAUUUUGAAGAAGGGGGUGGAAUUGGUGACAAUGGUAUAGUAGACCAUGUUAUUAACUCCAUGACUAUUUCUGCAUCAUCUAAGUUAGAUGAGCAGAUGAUAGUAACACAAAAAAGAAGUGAUGCUGUUGCUCAAGGGUGUGAUUCAUUGACUGAAGGCGUCGAUGGGAAAAUAAAGGAAGUCUUUGUACACGAUCCUGGUAGUUGCAAAGGCCAUAAGGAACAUCAGUCAAUAGAUAGAAUCCAUAAAACUAAGUAUGACAAAGAUAAUGCUGAAAAGGCUCUGCCUAAAUCCGAUAAUAAGGGUCGCAUUUUCAUCAGAGCAAGAACAGAAGGUCAUCUACAAAGCCAGGGAGACAUGCUGAAUCAUUCCAUGAAGCAUUCCUCUACCCUCAAUCUCGAUACCAGGCGUGCAGCAUAUGAUAGGAAGAAUGAUAUCUGCCCCACAAAAGAGAAACGCAAGCGCCUUACUGAUAAAGCUCAAGAGCAAUGUAAAAGAGAUAAAACCCCAGUUUCUGUACAGCAAACGAAAAAGAUUGAUUGCGACCAGAUUGAAAACACUAAAGAAAAGAGGGAUGCUUCCGCCGAGAAUAAGGAAAAGCCUUCCUCCAUAUCCAAUAAUAUUAAGCAAGAAUCUUUUCCGGAAUUUGAGUCAUUUAUUGUGGAACAAGAAGAGGGCUCAGGAGGUUAUGGUACAGUGUACCGGGCAAGAAGGAAAGACGAUGGAGUAAUAUUUGCCAUAAAAUGUCCUCAUGCCAACGCCAAUAAAAAUUAUGUGAACAAUGAGAUAAAAAUGCUAGAGAGAUUGGGGGGGAGAAACUUUGUGAUAAAGUAUGAAGGUUCAUUUAAGAGUAAGAGUGCUGUUUGUCUUGUUUUGCAACAUGUUCAGCAUGAUAGACCUGAGAUCUUAAAAAGAGAUAUGAAUGUUGCUGACCUACAGUGGUAUGGUUAUUGUCUGUUCAAAGCCCUUGCUGGUCUACAUAGGCAGGGAUUUGUUCACAGAGAUGUUAAACCUGGAAACUUUCUUUACUCUCGCAAGGUCAACAAGGGUUACUUGAUUGAUUUCAAUCUUGCAUUGGAUAUGCACAAAAAGUAUGGGACAGCCGAUAAUUGCAAAGUUCACCAAAAUUUGAAUGAUCAUACCAGUAUUGGCCUGACAAAUUCUUUGUCACCUGCAAAGAGUAGGAAGUUAAUGGAUACAACAUACAUUGAUGCAGUAAACAAAAAUGCUGGAAAAGUCUGUAGAUCCCUUUUACCUCCUGGAAACCUGAAAAGGAAGGUUGACAAAUCAAAGGUUAUCACUGAAGCUAGCGGUAGGAAUAUCAUUAAAAGUCAGGGUGCUGAUGGUUCUGGGGUAACUUCUGCAAAGGAUGCAACAAGCACUAGAACAGAGUGUGCGGAAAGGUUGAGAGAACCAUUACCAUGCCAUGGUAGGCGGGAACUGUUAAGCCUGGUGCAGGAAGCCAUGCAGAAUGGAAAUCAUGGAUCUGUAGAUGCUCCCAAAUCAAAGAGAAAAAGAGUUGCUGCACCUGCUGGUGAUGCAGGUACCAAACUUUUGUAUGUCACUCCAAUGCCACUGCAUGCCAAUGGAAAUGCCAUUCGUGGGGCUGGACAGCUUAAAAGCAAAGAUGGGAAGCCUGCCAGAGAAGGUCCUUGUGCGGGUACUAAAGGCUUUAAGGCUCCAGAAGUAUUGUUCAGAUCUCUACAUCAAGGCCCUAGAGCUGAUAUUUGGGCUGCUGGAGUGACCUUACUGUACCUGAUGAUUGGCAGAACACCUUUCACUGGCGACGCCGAACAGAACAUAAAAGAGAUAGCAAAGUUAAGGGGCAGUGAAGCUCUCUGGGAAGUUGCAAAGCUGCACAGCCAUGAAUCAGUAUUUUCAAUGGACCUGCUCGAUGUAAAAUACUUGACGCCAAUGAGUCUUCAGGAUUGGUGUGCACAAAAUACACGACGACAAGAUUUCUUUGAUGCCAUACCAAGUUCACUAUUUGAUCUCGUAGAUAAGUGUUUAAUGGUGAAUCCACGGCAGAGGAUCAGCGCAGAUGAAGCUCUUGCACACGACUUUUUCGCCCCAUGCCAUGAGGCUCUCAGAAAGCACAGGCUGCGAAGGCAAGCACGGGCCGAAGCUGUCGUGGAUCAAUAGGUAUCAGAGCAACUGUUUCACAGAGAGAUUUAAAAUCCAGUUACAAUACAAAGUAGGUCAUUAGUUUACUUUGAUCCUAAAAUGUGUUUUCUUUGUAGAGCUUCUACCUCUGUAGUCUUUUGUAUUUAAAGGCAAUUCUUUAGAUGUUUUUUUCGUAGAAAUUUGUGUAUACUAUGAUUCAUAUAGUUACCUUGUAAGCACUCGACGCAAAUGGGCCUAAGACGAAGAAUAGCAGAGCCCAUUUGGGCCUAACAAAAAAAAAAUAUACAAAGGCGGUCCAUGGUUGCAUUUGGACCGACCUCAACCUUGUUGGUCUC